AUGGGAGGACAGGACAGAAGAUUCAGCAAGCGCAAAACUCAAUCUGCUACCAAACAGAAAAAAUCCCAGGGAAAAGAAUCGGUUAGGGAUAGCACUAAAGAAGCUGGCUUUGAGAAAGAAAAAGAGUUGAUCUGUGUCAACUACAGCGAUUUGGCAGUGUGCUGUCUUCCUUUCAUCACACCGGCCAACCAUCAGAUCAACGAAAGCAAGUACUCCAAAGACAUUAACUUGAAUUUAUUAUACAAAGAAACAUCUAACCCCAAAUCUUUGUCUUAUAAGAGCGCAACUGAAAUUAGUAAACAACAUCUUAUGAACAAUUUGAUUGGAUCUAUGCAGAUGCUGGGGCUCUUUGACUCAGCAGAGAAAAAACAGUCCAAAUUACCUUUGUCAGGCCUCUACUACUCCGAUUCUGAGGAGCCAGAUCUGGACGACGACGUGGAUGUCGAAAACCGUCUAGCGCAAACAAAACUGGAGCACAGCAAUCUAUUUGAUCCAAUGGGAACUGACAUGAUGAAGACACAGAAUACAGUGGACCUUGUUACGCACGAAGACCCAUUUAAUCUCCAAACAAAGAAUAUGGGACAGUUAGGUUCAAUGGUGCUCUAUUGA